GUGGUCGCGAGCAGCAACGGACAAGCGCUUUAACAGAACGUACACACAGCAGGCAUCAAAGGGUUGCUGCUUAAAAUGAUGAAUCUGGGCGAUGGUCUGUUGUUUGAAUUGGAGAAUGGCAAACCUAGGCUUGUGCUGGCUAAAUAUGGUGCUGAAUCAAAGACUUCUAAUAAGAAAGCUUCUGGUGGGAAUCCUCCUAGAAAAAAAACACUACAAUUAAUCAACUCAAAACAAGGUUCUCGUCAACCAGAUAGAGAUGAACAUGAACGAAAGUACAAAGAUGCACCAGUUGUUAGUUCAAUAGAGCAGAAUUUUAUGGACAGACCCAGAAUAACAAAUGCCAAGCGCAGGAUGGACAACAUGUCCAGUGGAGCUGUAAGAGUCCAGUCAGAGAGCAACAGGAAUCAUUCCCGCAUUCUCACGCAGCAGAAAGAGAGUGUAGUGUGUUUGACACAAGAGCAGUUUCAGCAAAUCCUGAGCUCUAUCAACAGUAGAUCUGCUAAAAACGCACACUCAGAAACUGUGGUCAGCUCAGAAGAAAACUGUCCUGGAAAGACAGGAGCAGGUGAACAGUUUGUCCUGGAUGGCUGUGAUUAUAAGCACAGAGCGUCAGAAGAAAAGACAGACAAACAGAUUCUGUCAGAUGGCCAGCAGUCUGGGUUGUUCAGCACAUUCGGAGAACGAGAAAGAGAGCGAGAGAAACUGGAGGCUAAAAAAGCUCAAUGGAGAAGAGAACUGGAUGAGCAGAUGGCUCUAAAGAGGCAACAAAAAGCCAGACUCAAAGAUAAGACUGCUCCGAAUGAAUCAUAUGAAGUUAGGUUGAAAGACUUCUCUGACUCAACUGCUGCUGCAACAGAAAGUUCAAAUCACAGAACUCCUCCUCAGAUGCAUAGACAGCUUCCCGCUGCCAUCCGCUCUGCCUUUAUAGUGGGGGAAGCAGCUCCUUUGGAGGACAUCUUCAACACUCAGAGAGAGGAACAGCAGAGACGGUGGUUACAGGAAUUGGACCAGCAAAUAGAAGAGGCCAAACUACGGCGAAAGCAUGACAAAGAAAUCAACAGCCAGGUGGAGGACAUUGAGCGGUGGGCUGCUCAUUUUGACUCUCUACAACAGCCCUUGACCAUGGCUCCUAAACCAGAGGUACCUGACAUAAACAGCUGUUUGUCUCAUCAUCCAUCUGUAUCUGGAUCUUUGUCCACAGCAUGGGAGGGCAUGAGCGCAUGUGGAGUGGACAGUAUGGGAAGGGCCAGUGUUGACACUACUCAGGGAAACAAACAGAGAACAAGUUACCUUCGCACAAUGACAGCCUUGCUGGACCCUGCUCAGAUUGAGGAACGAGAACGUCGAAGACUUAAACAGCUUGAACACCAG